ACUUCCGGUUUCCGCCUUAUUAUCCAACGAAGAAGAAAACUGUGCAUCGCUAAAAUAAUUCCCUCUUACUUCCAAAACAAAAAGCAGUGUGAGCCGUGCACAUUGGGCCAACAUGGAUGCACUGGCACACAUGCUGACAGAUCCUCUUGAUCCAAAAGAAGGAAACAGUGGACAAAUUACAGAGGAGUGCAUGCUGGGGAAUUGUAGAGUGAGUCUGCCAGAAGACCUGCUUGAAGACCCUGAAAUCUUCUUCUCCGUGAUGAGUGAAAGCACCUGGAGUGAGGUGCUGUCAGAUUCCCAAAAGCAGCAUCUUCGUCAGUUCUUGCCCGAGUUUCCUGAAAACAACACUGGGGAGCAGGACAGCACCAUCAGUGACCUUUUCAACAACAGAAAUUUUAACUUUGGAAACCCCCUUCAUCUUGCACAGAAACUCUUCAGAGAUGGCUACUUCCAUCCUGAAGUGGUCAAAUACAGACAACUGUGUGCCAAGUCCCAGAGGAAAAGACAGUUACACUCCCUUCAGCAAUACUACCACCGACUGUUAAAGCAAAUCCUCGUCUCCAGAAAGGAGCUUCUGGACUUUGCAGUGCACAAUGGUUUGGACUUCCCACCGAAGAGACGCCUGCCGAACAAGACUCAAGCUGAAAUGCGAGAACCAAGGGUGAGACGGAGGCUGAGCCGCAUUUUGAAGGAGGUCAAAACUGAGUGUGGAGACAGCAACGCCUCGUCUGAUGACGACGACAUAUCGUUAUGGACUCCAGCGCCUCAGUCCCCGUCCUCUCCAACACCCACCGUUUCACUUCGAGUUCUUCCCAGCCUCUUCACACAAGACAUGAAAACCACUGAAAAAAUAGAACUCGGGGAACAGGACUUGAGAGUCAUGUUGCAAAAUCAUCGCGAGAAAAGGAAGCGACAACCAGACCAUCCUGACCUGAUCACCUCUGAUAUUCACCUGGGAGACAUACUCUCUAGAGCAAAUAUUGGUCGUAAGGGGACUAUGCCCCUGUUUGAACUUUCUCUGCCGAAAAGAAAGAUAAAGGAUGAGAGAAGGAAAAAGAAACUGAAGACAAUAAAAGUGGAAUCGGAGGAUCCGUGUGAGGCUCUCGCACCCUCAGACGCUCCGUCGGCUCCACCGGUGAACAUCAUCAACUCCAUGCCGGACACACCAUCUUCCCCACUCUCUAACAUUAAGGAAGAAGUUGUGGAGGAGUGUCAGAGCAGCCCGGUUGCGGUCGAGGAAAUCGCCGUCAGUUUCUUCAGCCUGUUGGAAACUAUCUUACGGACCGAAUGUUUUGCCAGUACCUCCAUGUUGGAGGACAAGGUUCAGAUGUGGCAGUCGUCUCCAGCCAGUACCCUCAAUGUCUGGUUUUCUUCAGCCUCCUGUUGGUCUGAAUUAGUUCUUCAAGCACUGCAGUUUCUGGCGGGAGAGACUAAAGAUGGCAUGAUGGCUCUGCCCAGUGGCUUUUCUCCAUUUGUGGAAUUUCUUGAUGAGUCACAGCAGUGGAGGUGGAUCGGUUCUGCACAGGAUACAGAGAAAGAUCUCAGCGCACUUUGUCAGCUGUGGCUGGACUCCAAAGACUUUGUUGUGAAGACAGAAAGUGAAGAUUUAAUAGAGAUGACUUCUCCCACGCCAAGACUAUCAACUGAUUAUGUGGUGCGUCCGAGCACCGGAGAUGAGAAACAAGUGUUUCAAGUCCAGGAGCAGCAGCGAUACAACCAACCGCACAAAGCUUUCACCUUCAGGAUGCACGGCUUUGAGUCUGUGGUGGGGCCUGUCAAAGGCGUGUUUGACAAGGAGAUGUCCCUCAACAAAGCCAGGGAGCACACGCUGCUGCGCUCAGACCGGCCUCCAUAUGUCACCAUCCUCUCUCUGGUGCGCGAUGCGGCAGCCAGGCUACCGAAUGGAGAAGGAACCAGGGCAGAGAUCUGCGAGUUACUGAAAGACUCACAGUUUCUUGCUCCAGACGUCACGAGCGCGCAGGUGAAUACUGUUGUCAGUGGGGCUCUGGAUAGACUUCACUAUGAGAAAGAUCCCUGUGUGAAGUACGACAUCGGCCGCAAACUGUGGAUUUAUCUGCACCGCCAUCGCAGUCAGGAGGAAUUUGAGCGGAUCCACCAGGCUCAAGCUGCAGCCGCAAAAGCAAGAAAAGCUCUGCAGCAAAAGCCAAAACCUGCAUCUAAGCCUAAGACUGGAAGUAAAGAUGGAGGCAAAACGCCGGGAUGUCUGGAAGCAGGACAGGAUAUGGGCUCUAACCCCAUGUCACCGACCCCUUCAACGCCCACCCCAAACACACCUGGAACUCCCAAGUCACCUUUGCCCUGCACAGCCACCACGCCAACAAAGCCCGUCAUCCCGGACGCCAUCAAAACCAGCCCAGGAGUUCUCCUUGUGUCGCCUCCCGCGCUGCCCCAGCUGGGAACCCUCUUGCCCACCAGCCAGGCUUGUCCGCCGGCUUCGCAGCCGGUCACGUCCCAGCACGCGGCUCGGAUCGUCAGCCACCUGGCCACAGGCUCCCUUCCUCAGGUCCGGGUCGUGUCGGCGCAGCCCGGUCUGGGGUCCUCUGCAGGGGGUCAACAGGCCACGCUGGUCCACCAGAGCCCGCACCAAAUCAGGAUGCCGGUGUCGGUGGCAGCCAAGGGCAUUUCGCAGGCCGUGGUUUCCGUGCCUCUGAGAAGUCAGUCUGCGAGCAGUCCCGUGCAGGUUCCCACCACUCUGUCCGUGUCGGCCGUCACCAAACCGCAGACCGGAUCCCCCGGCAGCCCGGCCAACAACCCCGCCUCCCCGGCCGUGCUGCAAGGAGUGGCCGGCUCAAACAUCAAACAGGUUUCUAUCACUGGCCAGCUGGGAAUGAAGACCCCAGGAGGAGCAGGGAUUCCAAUAACGGCGACCAAUCUGCGUAUCCAGGGUAAAGACGUCCUCCGCCUCCCCCCGUCCUCCAUCACCACGGACGCCAAAGGUCAGACCGUGCUGCGGAUCACCCCGGACAUGAUGGCGACUCUCGCCAAGUCACCCGUAGCGACCGUGAAGCUCACCUCCGACUUCCUGGGCACCGCCGCCACGGGCAGCAAGAGCAUUUCGGCCACCCUCCACGUGACGCCGCCCCACCCCUCGCCGUCCUCCGCCUCCGGCGCCACGUCCUGCUCGGGUGACGCGCAGACCACCAAGGCGGGCCCCGUCGCCUCCACUCUGCUGAAGGCCGCCGGAGACACGGCCAUACGCCUGAUGCCCACCCUGGCCGUGUCCGUGGCCGACCAGAAAUCCAGGACCUUCUCCACCGUGUCCUCGCCCGACAAAAGCGCCGCCACCAUCCGGAUAAUGCCCGGCCUGGGCGUCAUUCCUCAGAAGCAGGGUCAGACCAUCACGAUGACGACCGCCGCCGGCAGCAAGCCGCUCACGGCCUCCACGUGCGCGAACGUGGUGACCAUGGCUGCCAGCGUUGUGGCCGGCGCUAAAGGGAUCACCGUGGCUCCCGGGGCGUCGGGCUCUCCUCUCACGCUGGGAACGGCCACGGCGACCGUGCGACAGGUUCCCGCUUCGGUCGUCUCCACACCAACAGGAAAGCUACCUGCACGGAUCACUGUGCCUCUGUCUGUCCUCAACCAACCCCUGAAAAGCAAGAGCGUUGUGACCACGCCCAUUGUUAAAGGAAGCCUCAAUACAAACAUCAGCAGCCUGGGCAGGAACAUCAUCCUGACCACCAUGCCCGCUGGCACCAAGCUGAUCGCGGGAAACAAGCCGGUCAGUUUCGUCACGGCACAACAGUUCCAGCAGCUUCAGCAGCAAGGACAGGCCACACAGGUUCGGAUUCAAACAGUCCAGGCGCAGCAGCUCCAGCAGCACAUAGCAACAGGCUCCCCCAAGUCGGUUUCGACGGUUGUCGUCACUACAACGCCCUCGGCUAAAUGUCCACCUGAUCCUCCUCCAGCGCCGCAGCAGUGACGUUUGACUCUCAAAGUUGUUUUGUUCACAAGAUUUCAGGGUCACGUACUUUUCUGACUGAAAGUCAGAAACCGAAUUCUUCUCAGUCCAUGAGAUGACCUUGUGUUCAGACUUCACUCAAAAAACCUUUGAUGGGUUUAAAGGCUUCACGAAUUCAAACAUCAAAAAAGUCCCAAGAAUUGUCCAGAAUGGAAAUAAACACGCAUUUUUUGUUGUUGUUGAAAGUUUGAGUUUAAAUGUUUCAUGUUUGUUAAUAUGCUGUGACUGACUUCAUCUCUUCAAUGGGUGUAUUUUUUUUAAUACACGCACUUGAAACUUUGUGUUAGCAUAUAUACAUUUAUUUUACAAACAAUCCAGUAAAGAGCAUCAUUGAAAUUGG